GGGUGCAAAAGGCGGGGCUUGCCACAUGCUCCGCCCACCACGCGUGUCUUACUGCCACUCGGGAGGAACGCGGAGACAUGGACGCUGUGCCGCUACAGACUCCACUUCUUUUAUGAAAAGCAUCUAAUCCACUUUUGACGUCUUUGCAUAAAUUGGUCCCCACCAUGUUAUGUGGUGAGGAAUUCCACAGCAUAACGGCUCUCAUGGCAGUCAUUUCCAGAGACCUCUCCGCAGCAAAGACUCUUCUUAGCACAUUACAGGAGCAGGUGACCUCAGUCACAGCACAUGUACAAAGCCUAACACAGAAAAUCCGCAAUGGGAAUUAUCCAACUGAAAAGGGUCUUAGCUUCCUAGAGCUGAAGGAUCAGAUGCUUUUGCUGUAUAUGCAGGAUCUUACUCAUAUUCUCAUGGAAAAGGUGUCUGGGAGAUCCUUUAAAGAAAAUCCAGGCAUUAUGAGACUAGUGGAGAUACGCACAGUUUUGGAGAAAAUGCGUCCAAUUGAUCAGAAGCUGAAAUACCAGAUAGAUAAGCUGGUGAGAGCUGCUGUGACUGGGAGCCUUGGAGAGAAUGAUCCUCUACGCUUCAGACCCAAUCCUCAGAACCUGAUGAGUAAGUUGGAGGAGUCUGACAAGGAGGCUUCAGAUGGUGAUGAAGAGAAGAUUGGACCAGGCAAGAAAUCUCAGGGCACAACCAGGAAGUAUAGACCUCCUCGUCUUGCACCAGUGCACUAUGAUGACACGGAGGCAGAGCGAGAACAAAGAAUUCUAGAGCGAGCCAAGAAACGAGCUCUGAGCAGUUCCGUUAUCCGGGAACUGAAGGAGCAGUAUACAGAUGCUCCAGAAGAGAUAAGAGAGGGACGAGCUUACCAUAUGAUGCGGCAUGAGAAAGAUGACCAACAUCGGACCAAUUAUGAAGAGUCCAUGAUGGUGCGGUUAAAUAUGACUCGAAAAGAAAAGGCUCGUAAAAAGAGGUCACUUGCCAUGACCUCACAGCUCUAUUCACUGACUCACUUUACAGAUAUCAGUGUCCUCACCGGAGGAGAUAAAAGAACAGAGGAUAUGAUGCCUUCUGCCAAGAAACCCAGAAAAGGACCGAAAAAGGGAAAAAAGAAGAAAGGAUUCAGGAAGCGCCACUGAGUCAGAAUGGUGCAGUACUGUUUUUUUUCACCACCGGUCGGAUGUACCAGCAAAUUUAUCAGGAUAGUAAACAUCCAUUGUAUCGGUGUCUCGAAAGAACUGUGGUUCUAGAAAUACUUGUCCAUGUGUAUCUGAUGGACUGCUAGGGUACACUUUUAUUUGUAUGUAUUGGAAUCUCUAUCCAAUAGAGGAAUAUGUCUAUGAAAUGAAAUGUGUCUGUUGACAAGAUUGAGCCUGCAAAUCAAGGUCUGUUGGAUUUUGGAUAUGUGGAGUGCAAUAAAACCUUCAAUGAGAGAUACUAACACACAGCCAGGGCUUGUGUUUACCUUGCUGAAUUAGGCAUUUUGUUUCCAAAGAAUCUUUGACAAUCACAUACUUCAUUAUGAAUAUUCUCAAAGCUUCUUGUCAUGUCGGAUGCCAUUAAACUACAAUAAUUCUACUUAUUAAACUUUUUAGGGAGACAAAUCUGUUUUCCUUGGUCAGUUAAGUAUUUAUCGAGUAGUUAGAAGGAGUCUGGAACCUUUGCAAAUCUCUCACGUGUACUGUAGGUUAAGUCCCAUUAAAGCACCCAUUUAUCAGGCUUUAUAUCUGAUGAUCCCAAUUUUGCAAUGGGUAGGGACUGAACAACCUGUAAACAAUCACAUGAACGGAAGACGCACAGCUCCAUCUAGUAUAUCAGGAAAUUUGUGCUAUGGCUCUCCAGUUGUUUAUUAUAUUAAUGACUACAAGGUUGUACUUGAUGGUGCAGCAUUAUGAUGAGUCAAGUCUGCUGGAUUGCGAAAGGAAUGGAGGUGUAUCUGCACACACACACAAUUAGCCAAAAAUAAUUGUUUCGGAACAAAAGUUCCUCUGGAGAACCCCUAUAAAUUAUUGGUAAUUACCAUUUAUAUUGGGGGUGCUACCAACUACAGCUAGAAUGAGUACCAACAGAAGAAGAAAAAAGGGCUGUAUUGUCGGUGCACACAGGGAGCAGUGGAUUAAUUUCCACUCUUCCAUAAAACUUAACUUUUAUUAUUAUCAUAAAACAACAAAUUGCCUUUAUUUAGACUUCAAGGUGAGGCGAAACAUAGAGGUUAAAAUCAUUGACAUAGACAAACAUAUAAAGGUGCAAUAAGAAUUAAUAAGUGUGAAUAAAGAUUUAAAAAUGUG